UUCCCAAUCAUAACAUGAAGGCUUGGGUUUAACAAAGUUGACUUCGCGUGUAACGUAUCUACUUGGCAGGCAUGUCAUCGCCUUGGCAAAAGCACUUACGGUAGCUUGGCGGAGUAACUCUGUAUGGAGAAAAAAUUCCCAUUACAAGUCUUUGAGUUAUAGCGAUCUGAUACUACAAAUUGAUACGACUGUGGCAUUUGUUCCACUCAGCCUCUCGUCCUUCCACUCACAAUAUGGAAAAGCAACAAAUUGAUCAUGCUAUUGUUUACCAUCAUCCAGGCUCAACGAAGCGGACAGUACGCACCAUACUAUCAGCUGCUAUCUUCACUGGAGCGUGUGCCUACUUUUUGGGUACCGCAGUCGAUCUCAGUAUCCCUCAGGUCGCGCAACCUGUUGAUGCUGGGUAUAAGGAAGGCAACUUCACUUGGAGAAAGUGUUACGACAAAUACGAAUGCUCGACUUUCGCCGUGCCCAUCGACUAUAGAAAUAGCAGCAGUGACAAGUUCAACUUGGCUCUUAUCAGAUUAAAAGCAACGAAAAGUGCAUCGAAGGGAGUUCUGUUCGUCAACCCUGGCGGCCCUGGUGGCUCGGGCGUUGGUUUGGUACUCAAAGCUGGGGAGAUUCUAUCCAAGCACGGCGACGGCUAUUACGACAUCAUUGGGUUUGAUCCACGUGGAAUGGGCGAAAGCAACACGAUUCGAUGCUUUGACGAUGGAACCGAGAGUAAGUUCUUCACGGCCAACCGACGAACGAUGCUCAGUCCAGGUGACAACCCAGCGAACCAUGCAGCUUUUUUGGAGGCCCAAGCAAAGCAAUGUAUUUCCAAAAGCGACUUCUUACCUUACGUGUCGACUGCUUCAGUUGCGAGAGACCUUGAUGCCCUUCGUGAUGCAUUCGGUCAAGAACUAACGAACUACUGGGGCUUCAGCUACGGAACUUUUCUUGGCGCCACCUAUAUCAAUAUGUUCCCAGAUCGCGUUGGUCGCGUUAUCUUGGAUGGCAUAACCGACCCUAGACAAUUUUCUGGAGAUAUUAUCGAGUGGAUUAAGGCAUCGCUGGUCCAUACCGAAGAUGGUAUUGACGAGUUUGGAGCAGCUUGUGAGGCAGCAGGACCAGAGAAAUGUGCGUUGGCUCACCGUGACUUAGCUCUCGCCUUUGACGGCAAACACUACGUAGCACCUACGAUUCGAUAUUAUCUCAACCAUCUCAUUAACCACCCAUUGUUGUUAAGCAACGUUUCACCACAAGAUGUCGUCUUACAGAUUGAUGUAGCCAACGCUUUCUUUUUGUCGCUGUACAAAGUGGCUCAAUGGCCCGCUAUGGCCAAAGCCUUUGCUGAGGCUAUUCAAUCUUCAACAGGUAACGGAUUGUACAACAUUAUAAAUCAAAAAGAAGACGAACGAUGUCCCUUGGUUGAGAAAUACUCCAUAGGUGCCACACCUGUUUUUUGUAUCGAUAGUAGCCAUGACAAGCACCCUGAUGCCAAGAGCUUUUUGAAGGGAGUUGAAGAAGCCUCUGAUGUGUCUCCUUUGGCUGCCGGUCUCUUGGGGACAGAGAUGCUGCAAUGUCUGUAUUGGGAAGUCGUACCUUCUGAACGAUAUGAUGGACUAUGGAACCACAAGACCAAAAACAAAGUCCUUCUUGUUGGCGUUACAGGUGAUCCCAUUACACCUGCUGAAAGUGCUGAAGCUCUGGAAGUUCUCAUGGAAGGGAGUGGUGUGUUCCAUAAGCAUCAUGGUUGGGGUCAUUGUAGUUUCGGACAGCCAAGUAAAUGCACCUCCAAAGUGAUAAGGGACUACUUUGUGGAUGGCAAGUUGCCUGAGAAGGGCUCUGAAUGUCCUAUGGAAGAUCAGCCCUUCGAGCUCAUCCCUUCACUACAGAGCUUUAGCGAUAAUGGCCUUACUUAUCAAGACCUUUCCGUCCUUGCUGAUGCGGUACAUUCUGCUCAACGUCGUAUGCAGUAACCAACAAAAGAUGUGUGGCAUGUAGCACUAAUUCAGUAUAUGAUGUGAAUAAAACUCUUCCGCUACGAAUAUUUUUUUACUUCUUA